GGCGGCGGCGGCGGCGCGGGUCCCGGAGCGUCCCGCGCAGAGGCCGGGCUUUCCGACUUCAGCUACAGUGCUAGCUAAGUUGGAAGGGAGACGCGGGAAGCCAGGCCGCUCCUCUCCGCACUCCGCGCUGUCGCCGAGCGUCCCCCGCGCGGCUGCUGUGCUCCCGGCGGCGCCCCCGGUCCCGGCCCCCCGAUCCCGGCCCCUCGGAGCGCGGCGGCGGCGGCGGCGGUCAUGAGCAAGGCCCGAGCGGAGCCCCGCGGGGCAGGAUGCUGCGGCUCCGUGGCGCAGUACCUGAGCUCGGCCAAGUUCCUUCUCUACCUGGGCCACUCGCUGUCCACUUGGGGAGACCGGAUGUGGCACUUUGCUGUGUCUGUGUUCUUGGUAGAGCUCUAUGGAAACAGCCUCCUCUUGACUGCAGUCUAUGGGCUGGUGGUGGCAGGGUCUGUUCUAGUCCUCGGAGCCAUCAUUGGUGAUUGGGUGGACAAGAACGCCAGACUCAGAGUGGCUCAGACUUCGCUGGUGGUACAGAAUGUUUCGGUCAUCCUGUGUGGGAUCAUUCUGAUGAUGGUUUUCUUACAUAAAAACGAGCUCCUGACCAUGUACCAUGGAUGGGUUCUUACUUCCUGCUACAUCUUGAUCAUCACUAUUGCCAAUAUUGCCAAUUUGGCCAGCACUGCCACUGCCAUCACCAUCCAGAGGGACUGGAUUGUCGUUGUUGCGGGAGGAGACAGAAGCAAAUUAGCAGAUAUGAAUGCAACAAUCCGGAGAAUCGACCAGUUAACCAACAUCCUGGCCCCCAUGGCUGUUGGCCAGAUUAUGACGUUUGGCUCUGCAGUCAUUGGCUGUGGUUUCAUUUCGGGGUGGAAUUUGGUGUCCAUGUGUGUGGAGUACUUUCUGCUCUGGAAGGUUUAUCAGAAAACACCUGCUCUAGCUGUGAAAGCUGCACUUAAAGUAGAGGAAGCUGAAUUAAAACAGCUGAAUUUACAGAAAGAAACUGAGCCAAAAUCCCUGGAGGGAACUCAUCUCAUGGGUGAGAAAAGCCCUGCUGUCCAUGAGCUUGAAGACGAGCAAGAGCCCAGCUGCGCCUCCCAGAUGGCAGAGCCCUUCCGCACCUUCCGGGACGGAUGGGUUUCUUACUACAACCAGCCGGUGUUUCUGGCGGGCAUGGGCCUCGCGUUCCUCUAUAUGACUGUGCUGGGCUUUGACUGUAUCACCACAGGGUACGCCUACACUCAGGGGCUGAGCGGGUCUCUCCUCAGUAUUUUGAUGGGGGCCUCUGCCAUCACUGGAAUAAUGGGAACCGUGGCUUUUACUUGGCUCCGGAGAAAAUGUGGCCUGGUUCGGACUGGUCUGAUCUCAGGAUUUGCACAGCUUUCCUGUUUGAUCUUGUGUGUCAUCUCCGUGUUCAUGCCUGGAAGCCCCUUGGACUUGUCUGUUUCUCCUUUUGAAGAUAUCCGUUCUAGGUUCAUUCAAACGGAGCCACUGUCCACGAUGAGCCCUACGAAAAUACCUGAAAUCAUCCUAACAACUGAAAUACGUGUGUCAAACGGGUCUGCCCCUGCCAGUAUCGUCCCACAGAUGAGUCCUAAAUCCGUGCCCAUAAUCUCUGUCAGUCUGCUGUUCGCAGGCGUCAUUGCUGCUAGAAUUGGUCUUUGGUCCUUUGAUUUAACUGUGACACAGCUGCUGCAAGAAAAUGUAAUUGAGUCUGAACGAGGCAUUAUCAACGGGGUCCAGAACUCCAUGAACUACCUUCUCGAUCUUCUGCAUUUCAUCAUGGUCAUCCUGGCUCCGAAUCCUGAAGCUUUCGGCUUGCUCGUGCUGAUUUCAGUCUCCUUUGUGGCUAUGGGCCACAUCAUGUAUUUUCGCUUCGCCCAGAAAACUCUGGGCAGCAAGCUUUUUGCCUGUGGUGCUGAGGAAAAAGAAGUCUCGAGUGAAAAUCCAGCGAACACAUCCGUUGUGUGAGAUAGCGGAGCUGGGGCUGCCCUGCCCUCGAGCCGGGUUAGCUCGCGCGCUCGCUGCUUUCCUGCUUCGGCCUCGGUGCGCCGCGAGGCCCUUCUCUCUGGUUUCCCCCUUGUGCUGUGAGGGCUGAAAGCUAUUUAGGAAACUUAGGUCAGAGGAAGUGAGCUGGUUAAUUUCCCUUACAUUUAAGGUGGAAGAAAAAUAGGAAAAGAAAAGCUCCGUUUAAACGUAGCCAGUGGAAUGGUAACACUGAUUUCUCCCUGUUUCUCAUGAGUGCAUGAGAUUUUACGUAAGAGUGGUUAGUCAUGGGAUUUAACUUAUUCUUUGGCAAAUAUCUGUUAUCUGUGCAAGAAUUCGUUCAGAUGCUUCAUCUUCCCCUAAAGCUCAUUCGUGUCCAGGUCUGGCUCAUUUACUUUCUUCUAACAUCUUAUUCCCAUUAUAAAUACAAAUUCUGCUUCCUUUAUGAAGAAGAGAGUUUGGGAACCAGUGUUAUUCUUAGGGACCCUAUAGACUGGAAGGGAUUUACAUUUAUAUGGAAGAAUGGAGUCCUUCACUAGCAUUCCCACAUAGGGUUUAUGGUUGUAGUUUAGGGAGCACCUUCGUCUUUUUAUUUUCCUGGUGAGGUGGCGUGGUCAGCCGAUGUAGCACCUGACAGAAGUGGCUGUUGCGGAGCUGCCGGGGGGGCGAGGCUGUGGCUGCACCGCGGUGACCGCUCGGGGCUUCAUGUGCCAGAUGGUCCGGCCGCAGGACCUGGGAGCGAAAGUCCCACAGAAGGGGAGACCUGAGCUGAGCCCCAGCACUGUCUCCGCCGCGUCCCCUGCCAUGUGUAUCUUGGAAUGUGAGGGAGCCGCUUCCUGCUGGGCCACGAGAUGCAGACAGCGCUCACAUGGGAAGGUUUUGUCGUAAAAUCAUCUGAUUGGCUCUAAAAUGUGUCCCGUAGAGCAUUUUUCCUUCAUGUUGUGCUUGGAGUUAUUUUUACACAGUUGUAGAGCAAGGCUGGUCGCCCGUGUGGCUCCGUCACACGUCUGUGAGAAGGAUGGAGCCAUAGAAACACUUUUGUACGGAUUUUUAAGAAAACUGUUUUGUAAGUCAUCUCGCCACAUGCCAGUCCCUAACCGUCGUGCACUUUCGAGGGGACCGCGGUCCGCCCUGUGAGCACUUUUCCUCCUGCCUGCGGUUGUCUGCCUCCUCCUCUCCUAUGACACGAUGAUCUCCGGUUGUAAAUCUUUGUAAAAUGUUUCUAUAUAAAACCAUUUCUAAAAUCUG